AUGUCGCCUCCGCCCUCGUGGCGGAGGAUGGCUUGCAACGAGCCAUCAAAUCCGAUCACCUUUUCCGAAGGGCUUCAAUAUACAGAUCUAGCAGUCCUAGCUCAAGACUCGAGUGUAGAGCUGCGAACAGAAGGUCUAUACAGCGAGCCUUACGACAAGCAUCACAGUUGCAUCUGUCACUACGAACAGUGGACGGAUCAAUCAAGUAUCGAGUUAAUUGUGAAUACGACAAACUUGGUGUCAAUGGACAAUAUGAACAAUUCUUCAGACCACAUGUCGAAGAUGAACGACGAUGUGGCAUCGCGCUUGUUCCCGAAUGCGGACUGGCAGUUUGACGCAACAGACUGGCCGCAUUUCGAAACUCUUACUUACGAAUCGCCUCCGUACUCGCACGAAUUUUAUGCCGGUGAUUUGACACCGACAAGCAUUGGUUAUCCGGUUGAUCUAAACGAAAUAGACGCAGCGCUUGACUGCGAUAUCAGUACGCUGGACGCGUAUCUACACAGCCCCGAUUCUUCUGGUAGUACCGAGAUGUUGCCGCACACGCAGCCCAGUACAAGUAGUCCAAGCACUCAGCCAGCAGCAGUCGCAGCGACAGCCGUAGCACCACAGCCGUCGUCGACAACGCUUGACGCCGAACCGCUCGAGGAGUUCUUCCCCGAUUUGUGCGAAGUUACCACCACCGUACCUUCGGCCCCUCAACGUAACGAACGACGGCGUAAGGUGUCUGUCGCAAGUACUCGCUCCUCGUCUUCCCGAUAUUCGCCCUACUCGAUCGAUUCUUCCAACCUCGAUCCUGAAACAGCCUACAACGAAUACCGUAUCCGACGCGACAAGAACAACCUUGCUUCGCAACGGUCACGACAGAAGCGAGUUGAGAAAUUGCGACAAAUGAAAGAUGAGAAAGAAACUUUGGAACGAAGGAACAUCGAAUUGAAAACGCUGUUGAGCUCUCUUGAGACGCAAGUUGCUGACUAUAAACGUAUGGUCUUAAUGAUUGUGUCAAAGUCUGCGUAAGUGUAUUCUUUGAUGUGCUGGCAGGUAUCGGUUUAUCGUGUUAAUUUUACGGGCUGUAUCUACUUUAAUAUAUUCUCGUUUAAUCAAAUAUUAUGUGUAUCCACUGGUAUGGUGUAUUUAAUCUUUUGUGUUGUUAGUGAGUAGUUGUGUGUUUAUUAUUUAUUAUCGUGGUUAGAUAGUUUGUGAUGUUAAUACGUAUAAUAAAUUAUGAAAAAAAAA